AUGGUCCUUAAACCAGUCUCUUUGACUGCAGCCAUGCUCACCUUUAAAACCCCAUCCCUUCUCUACCUGAGUCUCCUGCUCUUUCUGUCGCACCACUCGCCUGUUCUCUCCUGUCGGAUUGGGAACUCCAGCCAGUGUCAGUCCGCUCCCUUUGUACCAGGCCACAACCUGGUGGGGGAGGGCUUUGAUGUGGUCACCUUGCGCCGUAAAGCAUCCUACAUGGUUGACGUGAAGACUUUCCUCACCCCAGCUGGCACCUGUACUCUCUGCAGCAACCCUCUUCAAGGCAACAGCCUGCAGAAACUGCCAGUCUCUGCAGUGGACUGGCGCUCAUUCAGCCGCUGCAAUGCCGACCUCUACAGCAGCGCACACACCUCUGUUAGCUCACUGAUUAACACUUACACAUCCCAGGACAGUGACGACUGGAAGAUUGGCCUAAAUGUAGAUAAGUUUGUGAGUGCCGGCCUGGAGGUCGGAGGAACACGCUCCACUGCGUAUGCCUUUGCUACAGCGAGGACCAGAGAGGACCGCUACUCCUUCAGCACUCACAGGGUCACCUGCAGCCAUUAUAGUUACCGUGUGUCCCAGAGACCGCCCCUCAGCUCCGAGUUCAGUAAGGAUUUGGCCAGACUGCCGAGUUUCUACAACUCCUCCACCAGGGCUCAGUACAAUGAGCUCAUACAAACCUAUGGCACACACUACAUCCGCCAGGUUUCCCUAGGGGGCCGACUCAGGCGAGUCACAGCUGUACGUACCUGUUUGUCCUCACUGAAUGGGCUCUCCACAAACGAGGUCCACUCCUGCCUAUCACUGGGUGUUUCUGUAGGCCUGGGGAAGGUGAAAUUAUCCGCUAGCCAUCAAUCUUGCUCCAAGGUCUUACAGAACCAGGACGUCUCCACCUCGUACAGCUCUGGUCUCCACCAACACUACACAGAGGUGUCAGGAGGCACUGGUUGGUCGGGGGAGUUUUCACUCGCUCGUAAUGACUCCCUUGGCUACAGGAAUUGGCUGAAAACCCUUAAGGACCACCCGGAUGUUCUUUUGUACUCACUUAGACCAAUGUAUGAGCUGAUGCCAAAUGAGACACAGAAGGCAGGGAUGAAGGCGGCCAUAGAGCAGUACUUACAAGACAACGCUGUGAAGAAGUCAACCAGAGAACCAGCUCCCAACAGCUGUCCUCAAAACGCCUGGAACACUGGUGGUGACCAUCGUCCGAGCCUGGGAUCUGAAAGGAGAUUUAACUGGCAACACUGAAAGCUACGCUAAGAUGUGGUACGGAUCCUUCUAUCGCAGGACUCAUAUGAUCCGGUCAAACUACCCCAGGUGGAACGCUCGUUAUUAUCUGGGCAGGGUGGACACACACUUGGGUUUGAGGAUGGAGGUCUGGGACGAGGACUUGAAACACGAUGACCGUCUGGGUUCAUGUGUGACGUACCCGAGCCAGGGGACACACACGUUCACCUGUCCGGCCAAGAGAGGCGGCUUUGAGGUCCAGUAUACUCUGACCUGCGACCCACAUCUGACUGGAGACAGGUGUAAUCGUUACAAACCAUCUCCACAGUGAGAAAUGCAUUUUUUGGGUCACACAAUUCACAAAUUUAAGCUGGACUCAAGUGCGAUAUCAGAUCUGUUGAUUACUUGCUUUAAGUCAAUGAACCAGUCAUGUAUUAAGUGAAAUGACUGAGGACCUCAUCCAUUUAUUUUCUUACCAUUAAGACACCACAAUAUUAGGUUUUCUUAUUGUGGUAAAGCCUUAAAAACAUUUAGUUUUGAUCACAUAAAUUACAGUUAAAUUCACAUACUGACUUAUAUUUACUUUUAAAUAAAAAUUUGCUAUAAACUAUAAUUUAAAAUAUAGGCCUGUGAGCACAAAUAUUCUGAUGUAAACAUUAAUAACAUCAGCUCCUGUGUUCUCUCACCAACUUGUGAGUGGUGAAUUUUGGUGGUGCAGCAUUUUACAUUCGGACUGCAGACUGUGUAGCUGGUGAUUUUCAAAUUUCAUUUGUCUCUAAUCUGUCAAAUUCUUUUGUCAUCUUAUCAUGUUAAUAAAUACUGUCAAAACA